GGCAUCCACCACUGCCUCCUAGCUCAGCUUGGGAAAAGAGUGAGUGGCUGGUUCUCCUCUGGCAGGAGGCUGAUCUCUCUUACACCAAGAUGUCUUGCUACGACCUGUGCCCACCAAAAACCGGCGUGGCCGUGCCCCAGCCCAUCGCUGAGAGCUGCAACGAGCUGUGCGCGCGCCAGUGCCCCGACUCAACGGCCUUCAUCCAGCCACCGCCCGUCGUCGUCACCUUCCCCGGCCCCAUCCUCAGCUCCUUCCCCCAGCAAGCCGUGGUGGGCUCCUCCGGAGCACCCGCCUUUGGGGGCUCCCUGGGGCUGGGGGGCCUCUACGGUGCCGGGGCCACUCAGGGCUCGGGGGGCCUCUGCACCUUUGGCAGACCCUACGUGUCUCCUGCCUGCAGCCCCUGCCCCUUGCCCCGCUACAGCAGGAAGCUGUGGGACACCUGUGGGCCCUGCUAAACCCAGGCCCUGCCCUCAGUCAGCACCAACAGCAUCCCCUGCAAUGUGCGCUGGGCAGAAUACUGGACAUCUCCAGCUCCAGCUGCAGCCUGUGUUGCAAUGUUAUCAGCUUCACAUCCCCUAUUCUCUUCUUCCACAUGCUCCCCCUCCAAAGCCAGGGCCUGUUGCCUGGCCUUCCUCUGUUCUCUGUCCCUUUCCGUAGCCCACUGUGCACAAUAAAGAUCUUCUGAAUGCA